CUCGACUAUCAAACCGUCUGGACCUACCUCGGUAAGGAAAACUUUCAAUUUUUAUGUUAUGUAAUUAUUAUUGUAUACCUGUAUAAUUUCAAACCGCGUUUUACGGAUUUUGAUUGAACGCAGUGGCGUAGUCAAGAUUUACCAAUUGGUAUGGAGAGAUGGGGGAUUUACAUUCUUAAUUUUACCUAUGGCUUAAAAAAAGCAAUGGGCGGGUGUCACGUCACCCUUCCCCUCUUCCUUGACUACGCCACGGCGAUUUUAUUUAUAACGAUUUCAAUAUAUGGUUACCGGAUAUUCUCUUUUCUUAUCCAUUAUCAAAGAAACAUCGAAUACUAUAAGUAAACCAAUAUAUUACUCAGUUUAAUAUUUUUUUUAACCUAUUCGUUCAGUUCUUAAAAUAUCAUAAAUCAUAAUAUUAUAUAUUAAUAUAAUUAAUGUAAUAUAAUUUAAAAAACAUUUUUUUUUUUUUAUUAGUAUCAUUAUAUUUUAUACUUAUUAUCUAUUACUAUUCCUAAUUAAUUUGUUUUGUAAUGAUACAGGUAAUAAAUAAUUAUAAUAUUAUUAUAUAGUUCUUUUUUUAAAUUUAAUAAAUACAUACGUUCAAAACCGUAAUUCAUAUCGUAAUUACAAUUAAAAAGAAAAAAAUUAAAAUUCGCUUUGCCGAUUCGAUCAUCUAAACCCAAUAAUUUUAUUGUCUCUUUAUAUAUUCGAUUCUGAACGAAGCGAGUAAUGUACCAUACCUACCUAUUAGUUUUACUGUGUGUGUGUGUGUUGUGUGUGCAGUGGUGUCGUCAUGGGUGGCCAGGGUGGACCUAACUUGAUAUUACAUAUUUGAAAAUGUAUAGAAAUACGUAGAAAUGUAGAAAUCAAAGUUAUAAUGCGUUUUCAAUUUAAGGAGAUUGGAAGCGACAAGUUUUUAUCUUUUUUUUACACAUGUGAGAUAUAGGGAAUUAUAAAAAUUGUAUUCUGAAAGCAGAUUUGAAUUUUUCAUGAAGUCUACUUAAGAUCGACAUUCCCACUUUUUUGAUUUUUGAUUUUAAUUUCUUAAAAAAUUAAAGUAUUCAAUUUUUUCAAUUCCUCUUUUAAUAAUAUGUUUUUUUUUUUUUAGAAUUUAAGGAGAUAAAUUUAAAGAGUAGGAAAAUCAAUCUCAAGUAGACUUCACGAUAAAUUCAAAUCUCUUUCCAGUAUUCUUAUCACUUCACUAGAUCAAUCGGUUAAAUAUUAUAUACAUUAUAUUUAAUCACGUCUAUAUCUCUAUAUCUCACGUGUGUAAAACAAAGACAGAAAAUUGCCGCUUCUAAUCACCUUAACUUAAAAUCAGGUAGAACUCGUUAUCUUAAUUUUUUAAAAUUAUGAGAACAGCGCAAAUAACAGAAAAAAAAAUAGAACCAUAAGUGUAUAUUAUAAAUAAUGUAAUAGGUAGACUAUACUAUAAAACCUAUUAUAAGAGCGGUACGGCGCACCGUCAUAGAUAUGAUGAGUAUAACAAUUGUAUUUUUAGAUUUCUUAUCAAGUAUACUUCAUAAUCUUUGCGAUAUAUUACAGAGUGAUUUUAUUAUCAUGAACCAGCAAUUGUCUUGGAGAAUUUUAAGUGCAUUUGAUUUUUGUUUUUUCUAAUUCCUGUGGAAUCAUUUAAACUUUUUUUUAAACCCAUUUCUAAUUUUAUACCCCUACUAAACUUAUAUACCUUAAAUAAGUAAUUACUUUUAUUUUUCGAAUAAGAACUCACUUUGUUGAACAAAGAUUCGAAUAGGAUUUUUUUUUUAGAAAUUUUGAUAUAUGUAACGCUAAUAUCAUAUUUAUUGUUUAUGAGUAAUAACCGUUUAAAAUUUAAACCGGAGGAGCAAUUAUUUAUCAUUUAAAAAUAGAUAUGAAAUUUAUUACCCUUCCUUACUCCUCCGGUCUAAACUUUAAAUAGUUAUAACUCAUAAACGAUAAAUUUGAUAUUAGUGUUAUACCAAAAUAUCUAAAAAUUAUAUUCUCUAUUUGAAUCUGUGUUCAAAAAGGGAGGGGUGGUUCAAAUUUAAAAACAAAGUAUAUACUUAUUUAAGGCAUAUGGAGUAAGGGAAAAAAUUAAAAAAAAGGUUUUAAAAUAAAGCUUAAACGAUUCAAUUAUGAUUUUAAAAAUAUUAAAAUAAAAUAAACUUACAAUCCUCUAAGAUAAUUGCUGGUUCAUGAUGAAAUAAAUCAUCCUAUAUAUGGAAAUAACUUUUGUUAAUCUCUAAUUUUAUCUGUUCAAUAGACGGUUUUUGUUACGCCACUGCCCCUGUCUAUAAAUCGAUGGCUCUAGUUUAGCCCACCCAGAUACAAAAUCCUAGCGUCGUUACUGGGUGCAGUAUAUGUGUGUGUGUUUUUUUUGUCUUUAACUUCUCUACCAGAAAUUGUUUUACAAUCAAAAAUUCUAUAUGAACUUUCAUGUAUUUAAUCUAAAUUUGAUGCAUUGGGGAAAUCAUUUUUUGGUAUUCCUUAUAAUUUUCAUAAUAAAUGAGGAAAACUAGAAUUUUUUUUUAUAUUAGAUUUUUUAUUGUUGCUCAAUAUGUUACAUUUGACAACUGGGGAAUAUACGAAUCAGAUAUUCAGAAUCGUUUUUUGUUGGUUUAUCGCUGCGAACAGAUAUAAAUUAAAUUACUCUAACUUAUCUUCCCUUUCGACUUCUAAAACAGUUGCACACUCACAUCAACAGUGUCGUCAAUUUUGUUUUUAAAUUUUUUUUUUAUUAUUUCGUUUAAAACGUUUGCGAUUUACGUUACAAUAUAUUCAAAAAUAUUCAAAACUUCCGCGUACAAUCCAUUUGCAUGGCAACUAUAAUAUUCUAAAAUUCCAGCACUCGUAUACGUCUCGUGUUUACAGGCCGUUUUAUAGUUAAACAUAUUAUUACCGUAAAGAUUAUACUGUAGUAUACUGUAGUAUAGUAUACGCGCGAGGUAUCACAUUUAUAUGUUUACCGUACAUAAUAUAAUAUAAUAUAUUAUGUACAGUAACUUAUUAGGAAUACGAUCUUAAAAUAACGUUCAGUGAUGCAUUUUAAUAUAGUUGGGCGAAAUAUAAUAUUGUGAAUUUCAUAUAUUAUAUGCUAUACUAAAUAGAAGCGGGGGCGAAUAUAAGAAUAGAUUAAGAGGACUGUAAACAGUGUAAAUCCAUUCCAUCUCAGCAUGUAGGAUUAUUACAAAUAUGACUAAAUUAUAAUUUAUUAUAUUAGGAACGCAUUUUUAACGCAUAUUAAAAGUAAAUUUUUGUAUCUCCCCUAAUCUAAUUCUUGGAUGUGCCUCUGUAUAUUAGUCGACUACUCUGAUGUCGUACAAUAAUUUAAUUAUAUUUUGCAGUCAAAAUAAUUUGCGGACCUUCGCGGUAUCACACGAUUGGGUAAAUAAAAUAUAUAUUUAGUAGUAAUAUUAUAGUAUAAUAUAUAUAAAAUAAUAUAUUAAUAAUGGAUACAUCACUGUGAAUUAAUAUGUAUUAAUUGAAACUGUUGUAUAUUUAUUGACGCUUUAAAUGUAAAUGCUGAUUAAAUGCAUCAAUAUGUUAAUUUAGAUAACUACUAUAAUAUAUUGUAGUGAUGAAACUUAAACGGGAUGUAAUAAUUAUAAACGAACUAUUUCGACAUUUGAUAAUAUAUACAAUUUAAAUUCGUACUUCUCGCCCAAACUACUGAACGGGUUGAAGUACACUGCGUACAUAUGUAAUUACAUACAUUAUUGGACCACGAAUAAAAUGUAUAGGCUAAUUCCGCCCCAGUAUUUACUUUCUUAAGGGGAACUUAAGAUACAUGAUUAUUAAUUUUAAGGUAUUUUUGUUGAUUUGUAAAAUCAACUAUCUACUUUUGAUUUUCAAAUGACAACCUACGAAAAAUGGCUUGAACAUGAAUUUUAAGUACAAUUAUUAACAUUAACCAAUCUUUUUCAUAUAAUAUAAAUCUUAUAUAAUGCAAUAGUAUAUACAGUAGUAAAUUUAUAAAUAAGAUAAGUUCUUAAACUAUAUAUUGAAUGUGGUUUUAACAUCUCGUGGUUUACAAAAAACUAAAUCUUAAUUAAUGGAAUUUCCUAAUCAUUAAUAUAUUAAUUAAUAUAUUAAUUAAUCGGCAAUAAUAAUAAAUAUUUAGUUUUAAUAUGAGGGGUUCAAAAUAUUUAUUUAUUUCUCAUGUUAUACGAUUCGCAAAGAUGUUGGUUUUUCCGGACGCCGUUUCGCGCCUGUAGACUCCUUGGACUAUUGGAUAUCUAGUUUAGGUCUGAGUUCCAUGCGUUACAAGUAGUUUACUUACGCGAUAUAAAAGGAAACGAAAUAUAUAUAAAUGUACAUAUACACUUUUGUCGCUAAAACGAAAACGCCAACGUUUUUGUAAUUUCCCGAUCGAACCUUUGUGAUGGACGCCGAUAAUUUUCUUCGAGUCGAGUGGCGCGUACGAUUCGUUUGGCGUUAUUGUUGGAAUAAAUUGCAUUUCAUUGAUUUCAACGUAAAUAACGCGCGAGUGUGAAUUUCGCGUCCGGCGACGAACCGUCUAAAAACGUAUGUUAUCAUCGUAUGUUUACGGCAAGACUUGUAACGCAAUGACGGAACGUAAAGAAAUCGAUUAGAGGUACUAUUCUCGUAUGUAAGUGUACACAUAGAAGAUUAAAAAAACCGAAUUUGAAUUAAUUAUUUCGAUUUUUUUUUUCUUACUGGUGUACAUUUAAAAACAGACUACGCGUGCAUUUACUAUUAUUUCGGUGUGACUAUCCGACAACGUGGCAAAAUGAAACCAAAAUAAAAAACCGUGAAGUUUAGGUCGAUGAUAAUUCGAAUUUUAGGUUUAAAGAAAUGAGAACAUUAACGAUGAGUGGCUGUAACAGUUUAGUUUAACAAUAUUUCAGUAAAAACGGCUCGGCGUCUUGUUUUAUUUGUGUAAUUUUGUAUUAGUUUUUAUAAAAAAUAGCUAAUUCUUACCAAAAUACGUUUUAUAAACUUUCGAUUUUAAACAACAAUUUAUUUCAUCUUAGAUAUUUUGGAUUUUUAGGAUUUUGUACAUUUUUAAGGCAUUUCAACACAAAGAAUUAAAUGAAAAAACAAUUGUUCGAGGUAUUUCUUAAUUAGAGCAGGUAUUUAUACAGUUUUGUAUAUUAUUAGUGUUUGCUUACAAAAAAUAGCUUAUUUAUACAAACAUAUGUUUUAUGACCUUAACGAUUCUAUACACCACAUUUUAUUAUGCAUAUUUAAGGAUUUCGUAUGUGUUAAACAUAGUUAAUAUACGAGUAUAUAUUUUUUUUGUAGUGUAUAACACCUACAUAUAUAUAUAUAUUACGGUUUUUAGAUCUGCAAUAGGUAUAUUUAGUUAUCAUAAUGAAAAAAGAGUAUAGACAAUAAGGCCCCGAAUGGAAUGGCAGAUUGAAAACUUCACGUAUAUUGUCAUUUAUCAUCAGUUAGCAACCUACAGUUUAUAAUAUUCAAUUAUAUCCGUGUACGAAAUCCAUUGUACCUUUACAGUUAUUCUGUCCAUAAAAGACGGACGACAUUUGAGAAAUGCUACAGAAUUCGUCUUGCGAUCUAUAUUGUAUUACUCAUGGAAAUCAUCGUUUUAUGCAAAAUGUAUACUCAACUAUAUUAUAACAAUACAAUAGUUUAGUAUGUUAUAAUAAUAAUAUUAUUAAUACUAUUAUAACAUAUACAACCAUAAAAUAAUAUUAUCUAACGCGCGUACAUAUUAGUUUUCCCUAACUAACGUACAGCUGUAAUUUAGCUAUAAUAUUUAUGUAAACAUCCGGAACAAAUGGUUCGAAUAUUUUGGUGGCAGUUUCCGGACGAUUCGAAAACAAAUACGAAAAUAAAAACAAAAAUUAUGCGAAAACAAUAUAUUUUAUUUGACAAAUUUCAGUAUGAAUAAAAUGUACUGUUGACAUCAAAAAUAUCAGUGGAAUUUAUCGAGAUAAGGGCCCAGAUAAUUUAUCAAACACAUUUACUACGUGGGAGCACAUAUUUAAAAUUUCAAAAGAAUAUUUGCAAAAUAUUUAGUUUUUAUGAAAUUUAUAAAUACUUCGUUUUUUAUUAUUUUUUUUUUUUUUAUGUAAACACAUUUUCUACCAAAAAGUUUGCUCCAUUUAUCAAAUAUAGCACGUUUUGUUCUCUGGGUGGUACUUUAAAAAAGUUUUUUUUUUUGAAAUUCUCAUUAAUAUUCGAGAUGAUGAGGAAAACCUGGUUUUUUAGGUUAAAAAAGAUUGAAAGAUUAAAAAUUAGGUUUUCAUUGGCAACCGUUUUUAUUUAUUUUUGUGUUAUUACUAAGUUUUUAUUAUUUUAAUCUUUGUUAAACAAUCAUUGUUGUCAUUGAAACGCAUAUUGUAAUCAUUUUACCAUAAUAUGAUAUAUAUUGUUAACAAAGCAAUGCUACUAACUGAAGUCCAGUUACUGAAAUUUACUCAGAAUCCUUUUUUCGAUAGCAAUGAUUUAUCAUUGCUUACGUAUGUACAUUAAAUUUCCGUCUGUAUCCUACCUUCUCAACUUCCCACCUACAACAGUAGCUGCACCUACGUUUGAAGUAUGUUCGUCCUUUUUCAUGUUUUAUUUAAAAUACAUAAAACUUAUGUGGAUACAAUUUGUCCGGCAACUCUUUUGGCAAUAUUUGAAAAUUUGACACAAGUUUCAUUUAAUAGUUGUUUUUAUGUUUCAUUCAUAUAACGAAAUUCAUUUGAUGUUGACAUUUUUUUUUAUCUCUUAAAGUUUAAAUUUUGAUGGGAAUCGUAAAAACCACGGUUUUUCGUGUAUAGUAUUUUCCGAUUUAUGUGAACCAAAUGUGUUUGGCAAAUUAAUUGUAUGGUUCUUAAAGAAAACAUGGAUUAUCAACUAUGGAUUAUUUUCUUCGGUUAUUAUAAGAAAUAAGCCAAAAAAAUAACUUAUGUUGCCAGUAGAUGUGACACUGUUUUAAGAGAUAAGUUAGAAGUUGUGUAUCUAUAGAGUAAUUUAAUUUUUAUUUGUUCGCAAGGAUAAAUAAUUUACUAAAACGAUUCUGAGCAGUCUUAUUAAUGAUAAUUGUUCCUCUUGUUGUCAAAGUAACUUAAAAAUUAACAAAAGUUAAACAAAAAAUGUCCAGUUUUUUUCAUUUAUUAAAAAAACUAUAAGAAAAAUCAAAAAAUUACCACUUCAUUGACUAGAAAAAAAUGCAACACGAAAGUUCUUAUAAAGUAUUAAACUAGAUCAAGAUAAAAUUUGGUUUCAGACACGUUAUACACACAUUCAAAACACAAAGCACAUCAUAAUUAAAUCAAUACAUUCUUCGUCGCUAUAAUAUUUUCGUAAUCGAAAAAAAAAAUGUUGAUCCUCAAAUUCUAUUGUUUUCCGGACACAACUUCGAAACAGGCGUGUGCCUUUUCCGAAUUAAUGUCCUUGGAGCGGGCUAUGCUUACGCUAAAUUCGAAUAUUACGAAUAUUAUAUUGAUCGCGUGUUUUUAUUAUCGAAUACUUCUAAAACGCGGAAACCUGAUCACCAUCACGCUAUUUCUCGGCCGAGCUUCUCACGGCAAUGGAGGCGGCGCGUUUUUAUAACGAAAUCAAAUCUGGGCCCUUUUCGCGUAAUAAUAUUUCUAUUAUUAUAUUAUUAAUAUUAUUUAAUAUUUCCCGAGGGAUGGUCCGCGGAAAAUUAAUGACAAUGUUAACGUUAGGUCAGAAUUUGAGCGCGGGAAACUAGGUAGUUAUAUUCGACCGCAACACGUUGUUUAUGGGGAAAAUUUAAUACAAUAUAAUCGCGUAUGGAAACGGCCGAGUCCACAGAGAGUAGGUAUCCGAUUACCGGCCGACGUUAUUAUUCGCUCGGACGUCGACCGGAUUUAUGCGGCCGAAAUCGCGAGGCGCUCAUCGCCGUGCGCCAAUCGGUAAAUGCGUUUUGAUCGCCGGAGGAAAACAAAAACCGAUCAUCGCGUCGAUUGAAGAAAGUAUGACGACGAUGUAUCGCCUGACGGUUAAUAUUUUAUUCAUUUAUAAUAAUAAACGGGCAUUAAGUCCGAUAAUACCUGAACAGAUUGAACAGAUAUUAAUUAGUAAAGUGAAAAAUAAAAUACAUUAAUAAUUUACAAUUGAAAUAAAAUAUUCAUGUUAAAAAAAUUAAUUAUUAUCAUUAAAUAAAAAAUAAAAAAAUGUUAAAUAAUUUGCAACUGAUAUAAUUUGAAAUUGGUAAUUAGUUACAGAGAAUAUAAUACUAGGGUGCUCAAUGACCAAACGUAUCAACUUGUAUUAUAAAUAAUUAAUAAAUAAUAAUACAAGCACAUAAUUUCAUUUUUCACCGAAAACUUAAAAAUGUAAAAAAAAAAAAAAGAAUUUCUUUUUUCGGUUGAAAAGUAAAUGCAUACAAUACCAACAACUUUAUCCUAAACAACGUUAUUUUUUUAACAGUAAAACUAAACGUUCGACACUAAAAUUUAGAUAUCGUUGCAAAUUAUUAAUUUUUAUAUUAAACAAAAUAUAAUUUACCAGAACGAUAGAUGUUUGACGAUAUAUCUAUUUACAUAAUAUUACGUUUUCCAGAUUUGUUAUUUCACCGUUAAUUUUCGAGCGAUUUUCUGGCGAUUCGGUUGUGAAGAUGGCUACGACAAACAAUAUGAUCAAACGAUACAAAUUACUGCGUAGAUGUAAAACAAAAAUUAGUGAAGAAGACUUGUUGGAUACAAUCUUGAAUAAUAACUAUUGCGAACAACAUAGUGUGAAAAAAAUAAUAAACAAUAUCGUCGAUAACGUUUGUGAAGCCGUGUUGGACGAUAUUAAAGCCGACGAAUUUUUGGUUAGCCGUCACCGUAAAGAACAAACUAAAAAUAUAACAUUUUUCGGCUAUACAAGUCAGGGACAGUCGUCGUCUUCGUCGUCCUGUGAUCAACAACCUACGACUGGAUCGGUUGUAAUCAACGAUAAAAACUCUGGUUUUACAAUUAUUACAAAUCCCACUGUUUUGACAAAUAAUAACGGCCGCAAUCAGUAUAAACAAAGACAACAAAUCGAAAAGAAACGAAGUACUACUGUAAAACGUGCGCAAAAAUCUAAAAAACAGAGACACCUUGUUGUGAAAUUCAAUAAAACUGCAAAACCCGUUGUGAUUCUGGAGAACGAAAAACAAAAAACGGCGCAGAGAAAAACUGCAAAAAUAUUAUAUUGUUACUGCAAUCGCCCGUACAACAAAAAAUCAUCAAUGAUUGGAUGUGAUGGAUCGAAUUGUCAAGUGGAAUGGUUUCAUUUCGAUUGUGUGGGCAUUAAAAAGGCUCCCAGAGGCAAAUGGUACUGUCCAGAUUGUCAGAAAAUUAAACCAAAAAACGAAAAAAAACCCGUACGUUAAAAUAUCAGUUAAAGACUAAAUAUUCUUAUAUUUUUCUACAUUUUUUAUCAAUUAUUAUUCUUUGUUUGGUUGUUUAUUUAUUUAUUGUUUCUAUUAUUUUUGUAUCGAAAACACAAAUUUUAUUUCACUGUAAAUGUGCUUUUGUUAUGAUUAAUUUCAUCAAAUUAUUAUUUACUGCAAUAUUAUUUUUCAUCAUCAU